AUCCUUGUGGGCGUGGUGAACAUGCCCAUCACAUUCUACACAAUUAUCAUGGGUCGCUGGGAGUUUUCGCACAGCGCAUGCGUAGUCUUUCGCUUUCUUAGCAUGAUCACCUUGGUUACCAGCGUCAUGUCGCUUUGCAAUAUUUCGAUAAACAGAUAUGUAAUUGUGUGUUAUCCACAGAAGUUCAAACAUAUUUACACGGUCAGAAACGUUAUUGUCAUGAUAAUAGGUGUUAACCACAUGUCUUACGCGUUCUUCAUGAUAGGAUGUUGUUUUGGGAUUCCAUUCACGGUCAUAUCAGUUUGCAAUGUGUUCAUUUUGAGAACCGUGAGGGCGAGCAGACUUCGAGUUAAACCCCCGCCAGACCCGCAACAAUCAGCUGCUUCUAUUAAGACUUCCAUCAACCGAUUAACGAUUGGAAUAAAAAGUGAACAAUUAUCUACUGAGCACCACCGUGUGACGUUUAAAAACUCAGAGCCUUUAGAAACUUCAUCAACAAUCAGCUCAACAGAGUUUCGAAUGACUUCAAAAAACGUUCUCAAUAAAGAUGGUCAAUUCACAACCACCUUACACACACCAUCAUAUCAGUCACCGAAUUCGACGUUAACGCGUCAACAAAGUAGCCGAUUCCUUCAUCCAGACUGGAAACCUGCGUCAGAAAACACACCGCAAGGCAGAGGUUUACCUGUACCAGCAAUUUCAAUACACCCAUCAUCGGACGCAUUGCUUGCCCUACCUUCGAACUCAGAAACUGAACUCAACGCUCAGGGACCGGUCUAUGAUAAGCAAAUGAGCAAGCCCACGGGGCAACAGACGCAGCCCUUAAGACGACGAGAAGAGAUACGACUCGCUUUUUCGCUCAUUAUUGUUGUUGUCGUAUUUGUUAUAUGUUGGCUACCCUACUGUAUCAGUAUGCUACUUUCAAUAUUUUACUCGGGGCAUGUUCCAAGAGAGUUCCAUAUGUUUACAUUAAUAAUAGGAUAUUCAAAUAGUUGUUGCAACCCUUUCAUCUAUGGUGUCAUGAACAAAAGGUUCAAGGAUGGAUUCAAGCGCAUUUUAAUUUUUUGGCAGUACAGAAACAGUUCAGAUCAGAAUUUCUCUUAG